AUGGCGACCCAUAUGAGCUCGCACUCUGGCGAGCCACAGUCGUAUAUGCGAUGGAGUCGCAGAACCAGAGGGGGAAGGACAAUCCACUAUGAUCUGAUGGUGCUUCAGCAGCCCGAACGCGCCAGGGCAUGUGGUUCUGGUCCCAAAUCAUCCGCAGACCGCCGGCCUGUUGACCCGCCACCGAUUGUACGUUUACUAGUUUCUGAGGGCGAGACCUGGAGCGACGCCAAGGAUGUGACGAUGGACUACAACUCGGACUUCUUCCUCUUCGUCUCCUUGGAAAAUGCCCGACCCAUGGCACAUGGCCGCGUUCAGACCCCGGCGGCAACCUCCCCACCAGUUCUGACGGGCGUUCCUGUGUCAGCCUGCUGCUACCUGGACCGGCCCUCACCAGCAGGUUACUUCCUGUUCCCCGACCCAUCUGUGCGCCACGAAGGACGUUACCGCCUGGUCUUCAGAUUAUACGAGCGCAACAAGGACGUACAAGAUCUGAGCUUGGGCGACCCGGCUGACCAGCCAGAGAGCUUGCAAGACGAAGACGGCCUCUUCUUCACAUUCCUCAACGAUGUCAGGUCGCAACCAUUUACUGUUUACAGCGCCAAGAAGUUUCCUGGCCUGGCCGAAAGUACACCCCUCAGCAGGACCGUCGCAGAGCAGGGUUGCCGCGUGCGUAUACGUCGGGAUGUACGUAUGCGCCGUCGUGACACCAAGGGCAGUGUGCAGAACGAGUAUGAGCAGCGGGAGGAAGAGUAUCCCAGAGAUCGUAGGACUCAGUCGCCCGCGGACGCCUACCGGAAUCGCUCAGCCAGCAACUCGAGCAUCGAUCGGCGGCCAUCUGGGUAUGACCAUCAGCCGCCUCUUGCACCAAACCAACGGAUUCUAAACUUUGCACCACCGGGCUAUAACAAACCGUACCAACCCCCAGCAGCGCCACCUUCAGAGCCGGUAUCGCCUGCUACUCGCCCACCUGCCUAUCGCCAUGGCUCCUUUGCAGCCCCAGCGUAUCCGGCAACCCCCACAUAUUCGCACCCUUAUUCGGACAGGCCGACGUCGUCUGCUCGCGAUGACCGUCGCCCUUCGUUGCCAUACCCUCCCUUGCCGUCGUCACAAACAUACGGCACACCGAUCCAGCCCAGGCCGCCGCUGCCUGCGCCGAUCGACACCAGUUUCCGGGAACCUCGUCAGACCCCAUCUCUCCCAUCGCUCGCAGAUCUCAAGAUGGAGGUAGACCAGUCACCUACGACAACCGCACCGCCGAGCGCGCAUUCGCAACAGUCCACCCUAGGCUCUACUCUGAAACGCUCAGCAGAUGACAUGGAUCAUGAGGAUGAGGAUUUCGAAAUCACUCUCGCGUACAAGCGUGCAGGUGGCAAUGGAGCGGAGAAGAACGCCCCGGGCUAUAUGAAGGAAGAGCCGCAAUCACCUGAAGCAGCGGAGAUCGACCCACGGUUAAGGGCAGAGGAUGAACGUGAUGCAGAGCAGUACUCACGCAAACGGCCGUACCGGGGAUGA